UUUCUAAGCAUAUUGUCUUAUUGUUUGGCAAAAGGAUCCAAAUCAGACGUAUCAUAAAGGAGCACGCCGUGUACGAAAAGCGCUCCACUUACAGACGAUGCUGCUGGUAUGUGCAUCCGGAAGUUCUGGCCUGUCAUUCUCAGGAGGCCUUGCCCGUUCCCUGCCAGUGGACCUACCUCACCUCCGGCGCUCAGAGCACCCGCGAUGAGCACACCGGCUCACAGGGCAACUCGCCCACCAUGUCCAGUUCCACCACACCCUCCAACAAGAGGAAAAGCGCCAGCAGUCACUCCAUCACGAAGUACAUGAAGAAAUGUGGCGACUCAGAACAGACUGAGACCAUGGAGACCGAUGGCUUCCAAGCAGACACUGAAGAUGAUGAAGACGAUGAUUGCAUCAUCAUUAGGGAACAAUCUGGAUCCUCUGAACAGGAUGCCAACACAUCCUUGCGACAAACCGAGAGAAACACAGAGCCCAUGGACACAAAUGCAUCCGAAACUGCUGCUCUUGCCCUACCCUGCCUUACCCCAGCCACCGCCUGAGAUCUGUUCCCUUCCUGUUGGGUUUGCAUGCAUGUGAACCAGACACUCAAAGUCUGGUCUACAGUUCGAAGGAUCAUACAGUAUUAGAGGUCCCCGGAAUGAAUCAUUUGUUUCCUCCUCUUUAAGUGGAGAUGUGUUAGAUGGUGUACUGCUCUUCUUCAGAGGAGAGGUCCCACACUCUCCUGGUACAUUCAUCAGGAGGUUGAUGCUGUCUGCUGGGCUCAGUGCUUAGCACUAUUGUUUUUAAAUCCUGUAAUAUUUUUUUUUCUCUCAGAAUACUUGAACUGGUGUGUCUUUCAAAAAUAAUGACAAUUGAAAUAUAUUGCACUUUUAUAUUCCAUUUCCGUUUCUUUUUCUUCUACCCCCAUCCUAACUUCUUUAGCCCAUCAGAAGUCUUUCCCUCGUUUUCUUUUCCAAGAGUCUUUGUAUAAAAACAGCAUAUGCCAUUUGUUGCCCAGGCUGCCUUAUGUGGUGUAAAUACUAUUUUUGUUUUUUGAACAAUGGUGUAGAAGCUGAAAUAGUAUGUGGCCAUCCAACACAGGAAAAAAAACAGCACUGGCAUUUAUUUUGGUGACGUGAUUUCUUAAUUGUCUCGAAUAAACUGCGCCGUAGUUUGCUGUUGUAAUGGGUUUUCCUACAAAGCUUGUUUAAAUAAAGCAUUAUUUAAAAAUGAACAACUUAUAAUAUGCUGUAAACAAACAUUUUCCUUCCAUGUGAUCACAUGUACAAGAGUUGGUUUUUCACAUAGACUCAUCACAUUUGACAAUGCAUUUUAUUUUAUACAUCGCAUGAAAUGCAACAGAACACAUUUUGAACUUGACAAAACAGUGUAAAAUACAAGCACUGUUCAUUUGUAAUACAGCAUGGUUUAAUAAAAGAAACAAGCUUGUGACAAUAUU